AUGGGGUGUACUACUUCAGGUGACACUGUUGCAUUGGCAUUUAAUGAUUUUCAAUUACUUAAACUAGGAACUUAAUCGAUAGAGUUGACUCAAUUGUUCCUGGUUGCAAACAAUUUAUUAAGUGAAGUCUAACAACUAUAUAAGAAAGUUGAAGGGAACAGACUCAUUUUAUUACGCAUCACAAAAGUAUCUUUAACGGCUAAUCAGACCUUGAUAGAUGCAUUUGGCUUUUGGACUCGAUAUGUUUCAAUAUGUAACCUAGGAUAGGGUGGCUAGAAUGGAGUGUUUUACAAAUUUGAAAAUGAAGGGAAAUAUUUGAACUAUAGUUUGGGUUUGAAUGGCGAUUUAAAAUUGCAAUGGUUUGGGGAGGUUUUGAAUGAUUAUCUCAAAGUACUCGAAGGGAUUACGAAAAUAAUCCCAAGCAUUCUUGAAUAGUUAAAAGUAGUUCUGGAAAAGGUUGUUGGCAUGACAGCAAAUAUAAAGGAGAAGAAUCAAGCUUCUAGACAUAAUAUAAGUUUAUUAAAAUUCAAUAUAAGUUUCAUAAAAAUAAUCAACAUAAAAAUCAUAAAGUACAAUGAGGAACUAGAGAUGCUCAGGGAUAAAUAUAAAUAGGUAGCAGAAAAUGCAGAUGAGCAAGGAAUAAAACUGUAUAAAAAAUAUGGAGUGCGAAAACUGUUGAAUGAAGAAAAAUACUGUUUAAAAACAAAACUCAACAUUCUCAUAGAACAAUGCUUUUAAGGUUAAAUGAGAACGGAAUUAGAAUACGAAAUGUAGAGGAAAGAAAAAGAUAAACGAAGAUUAAAGAAACCAGCAUGGACUUUUGGAGAUGAUAUUGGAAUUGGAAUUAAGAAGUUUCCCUUCAGAAUCAGAUGGACAGGAUGUGAAUGCGUAGAUCAUUCAUUUUUUAUUAUCUCGAACUAUUUAGAAAAUCACAGUAAACAUCUGCUCUUACUCAGAAAAUUAUCAGUUAUCCUGAGAUACUUAACUUAGGCAUAUAAAACUGAUGAGGAUACAUUGGCAAGAGCAUGGUCAAUAUUUUGUUGCUACUUAAAUGAAAGGGAAAGAUCUAUUAUAUAAAACAGCAUGUCCAUUUUAGAAGGAAUCAAAAGACUUAAACUCAAAAAUCAGAAUGCUGAAAAAUGCAGAAAAUAUUUCAUUUAAUACAUCGAGUAAUUUGAUAAGGAAUUACUCGAUAAAUUAGAAUAAGAAUGGUCAAAUUAUUAGGAAGGACAAUCCAAGGUAUUAUCCCUGUGGUCAAACAAUCAAAUAUUUGCUACCAUCGAAUUCUAAGAGCUUGAUAUACACGAUAAAUAUUAUGCAUUAACAAGCAUGGCUAAAAAUGUAUAUGCGCUUUAACACUAUUUUCCGGUUGCUACUAAAAUUUAUAAUACAGUUUAUUAGAAAAAGUUGACAAAAGGAAAAGAUUUUCUCAAUGAAAUGCAAUCAAUAUACAUAUCAUCAGGAAUCUAUUCUCUUCCAUUUGAAAACCUGCACACCUUAAACAAGGCUGAGGACGAAGCUAUCAAAGUGAAAAAUAAGGAGAUCAAGUUCAAAUAUGCAUACGAUAAAUUCGAGUAGAAGGGCUGA